UUUGAGGGGGUGUGUCUGUGCGCGUUCCCAGACUGCGUAGGAGUGCCCGCUCAGGUAACGUCGACACCCCCUCCGGCCUUCAUCUCGUGCCCGCGCUUCCGCCAUGUUGUUGUGGUUGUGAGAAGGAAGGAAGAACCCUGAGCCCGGGGAGAUAGCAACUAACACCGGGGAUCAGAGACACCUAGUGACACGCCUACUGCACGGAAAAUGUGUUAAUGCUGCAGCCAUCAAGGAAGGGAUAUUCCAAAGUGUCCGUUGGAUUCCGUGUAAUUCAAAGACCCUAGUAAAGACGUUGUAUAGCCAUACAAAUUUCAUUUGCAAUGGAUGAAGAAAGUCAGAGCAGCCUAGAGUGUAUCCAAGCCAACCAGAUUUUUCCACGCAAGCAGCUGAUCAGGGAAGAUGAAACCCUUCAGGUUCCUUUCCAGGAGCUACAUGGGGAGAGCACAGAGUUUGUGGGCCGGGCAGAGGAUGCAGUCAUCUCUCUAUCCAACUAUCGUUUGAACAUCAAAUAUAAAGAAUCUUCAAUCAAUGUUCCUCUGCAGCUGAUUGAAUCUGUGGAAUGUCGUGAUCCUUUCCAGCUCCAUCUGACCUGCAAAGACUGCAAAGUGAUCAGGAGCCAGUUCUCAAGCUUUGAGCAAGUGCAAGAAUGGCAGAAGCGCAUGAAUGCUGCUCUGCGCCCACCCAGUCGCAUAGAGGACCUCUUCUCCUUUGCGUACCAUGCAUGGUGCAUGGAGGUGUAUGCAAGUGAAAAAGAACAGCAUGGAGACUUGUGUCGCCCAGGUGACCAUGUAAUAUCACGAUUUAAGAAUGAGGUGGAACGGAUGGGUUUUGAUAUGGACAAUGCUUGGAGAAUUUCAAAUAUCAAUGAAAAAUUCAGGCUGUGUCCUAGUUACCCACAGGAACUCAUCAUCCCAGCUUGGAUAACAGACAAAGAGUUGGAAAGCGUUGCAAGCUUUCGUUCAUGGAAGCGUAUUCCGGCUGUGGUGUACAGACACCAGAGUAACGGGGCUGUGAUUGCACGAUGUGGGCAGCCUGAAGUCAGCUGGUGGGGUUGGAGAAAUGCAGAUGAUGAGCAUCUUGUUCAGUCUGUUGCUAAGGCCUGUGCCACAGACAGUAGCCGAGCCAGCCCGGGCAAAAUGACCAAUGGCAGCUGUCCCCGCAACCAAAUAAAUGGUGGAGUUCUGACAGAUGUAGAUUUUGAAUCAUCCAUGUCAAACAUCCCACCUCCUGAAAGCCCCUCUGUUCAGCCACAAAAAUUGCUGAUCCUUGAUGCUCGAUCGUAUGCUGCUGCAGUGGCCAACCGUGCCAAGGGUGGAGGCUGUGAGUGCCCUGAGUAUUAUCCUAACUGUGAGGUUGUGUUCAUGGGAAUGGCCAAUAUUCACUCCAUUCGUAAAAGCUUCCAGUCUCUACGCCUACUCUGCACACAGAUGCCUGACCCAGCCAACUGGCUUUCUGCAUUAGAGGGUACCAAAUGGUUGCAGCACCUCUCUAUGCUGCUGAAGUCAUCCCUUUUGGUGGUGCAUACACUGGACAAAGAUCAAAGACCUGUUCUUGUUCACUGCUCUGAUGGCUGGGAUCGUACCCCACAAAUUGUGGCACUCUCCAAACUGCUGCUGGACCCUUAUUAUAGAACUAUAGAGGGUUUCCAAGUCCUGGUGGAGACAGAGUGGUUGGACUUUGGGCACAAAUUUGCAGACCGCUGUGGACAUGGAGAGAACUCAGAAGACCUGAAUGAGCGUUGUCCUGUCUUUUUGCAGUGGUUGGACUGUGUGCACCAACUGCAGAGGCAGUUUCCGUGUUCCUUUGAAUUUAAUGAAGGCUUUCUGGUUAAGCUGGUGCAGCACACAUAUUCCUGUUUGUUUGGGACUUUUCUGUGUAACAAUGCCAAGGAGAGAAGUGAGAAGCAUAUCCAGGAGCGUACCUGUUCAGUCUGGUCCUUACUGCGUGCAGGGAACCGUGCUUUCAAAAACUUGCUAUACUCUUCUCAGUCUGAAACUGUGCUGUAUCCUGUAUGCCACGUGCGGAAUUUGAUGCUAUGGAGUGCUGUUUAUCUACCAGGAUCCUCCCCAUCCACUCCUAGUGAAGAAUCCUGCACUCCAUACCCUGCUUCUGGGUCUGCAACUGAAGAGCCAGCAGUCUGCAGGCUGUCAAAGACCCGGUCAUAUGACGAUCUCCCUUCUGCGUGUGACAUCAUGGUGCCCUGCAUGAACAGGAGGAGCAGUGAUCCCAGUCUUAAUGAUAAGUGGCAGGACCAUCGGCGUUCACUAGAGCUGAGUGGCUUGGGGAACCCAGGGGAGGAUGGGUAUGAAGGCGAUAGACAACCACUGGGGGCUCAGCUGUCUAUGGCAGCUGGUGUGGGUGAGGGGCAAAUGGAGAAUAUACUGCAAGAAGCUAGUAAGGAAGAGGGAGUUAUUGAUGAGUUGGGUGGGAAACCAGGAAAGGGCCAGGAAGUAUGUCUGGAAAUAGGAGAAUUAGAACAAGCAAAUAAUUUAGAAGAUUCUGUGAAAGGGGAGAAAGGUGUAGACUUGACCAGUAACACGCCUCGCACUCAGAGUAAUGAAGGGCUGCCAGACCGAGAUGGGGAGAAUGCAAACCCCAAGCCGGGAGGAGACUGUGAUAAUUUCGCAAAUGGGAAAAUCAGCAGUGCUGAGGAUGCAGAACUGGAUGAGAGUUCACCUCAGGAAUGUUGUGAUAAGGGUGGUGAAAGCCAAGUGCCUGAAAAGCUUGUCUUUAAAUCAGAUGGGGUUACACAACAAAAUGGAGUGGAAUUUGAAGAAGCUGCAAGCCAAGUGCCAGAAAAGCUUGCCUUUAAAUUAGAAGGGGAAACAAAACAAAAUGGAGUAGAAUUAGAGGAAGGUGCGAGCAAAGUGCCCGAAAAUCUUAAUUCUAAAUCAGAAGGGGAUGCAAAUCACAAUGGUGUAGAAAUUGAGGAGGAUCUCCAGAAUAGUCCUGGUCCUCUUUUAUCAGUCCUUCCCUCUUCACAUGUAGUUUUGGAGGGCUCAACAGAAACAUUAACUGAAGACCCUGUAGUCUCCUGGCCCUGCAGAUUAGACCAUGUGACUGCAGCAAAUGAACUGUCUCAAAGACCAGAGCAUUCCUCCAGUGAGGGCCUCAUUAUGAUGGGUCUACGGGGGAUGCAGCUGCAGAGUGAAAGGACGUGUAUGCCUCCCAUGCUUUCUCAUGGUGCCUUCCACAACUCUGAAUGCAAAGUACAGAAUCAUUGUAACAGGGACCAAAUUUCUUUUCCCCCUAUUGAUGGGUCUUGCCUUAAUGGGGACAACCGAAGGGGCAAGCCUGGACUCUCACGACAGAACUCAAACACAAAUGCCCCUCAGCCUCACCUGCGGAACACCCCACACAAGUGCCCACUGCAUAGUGGAGGAAGAAAUAGGAUUGGAAGUCCUCCUGAACAGCAAGCUCGUAACCAUCUAGAUGAUGAUGGAAUGCCUCUCUAUGUGGACACCAUACAGCAAAGGCUGAGACAGAUGGAGUGUGGCCAUCAGCAGGAGGUGGAAACCUUAAAGAAACAGGUGCAAGAGCUACGCUGCCGGCUAGAAAACUACUUUCCCAACAGCCCUUUGCGUGUCAAUGGUGAAUUUGCUGAUGAAGUGAACUCAAUCCCUGAUACUGAAAGCUACAGAGAUCCCAGCUGUCUGUCAGGCUGCAGCACAGAACCCUUCUCUGAGGCUAGCUGGGAGCAAGUGGACAAACGAGACACAGAGGUGACGAGGUGGGUGCCAGAUCAUGUAGCACACAACUGUUAUAACUGUGACAGCAAAUUUUGGCUGGCAAGCAGGAAGCAUCAUUGUAGGAAUACAGAAGCUGUAUCUGAAACCUGGAACUGUGGCAAUGUCUUCUGCUCUACCUGUUGUAACCAGAAGGCGCCGGUUCCAAGCCAGCAGCUGUUCGAGCCAAGCCGAGUUUGCAAGUUAUGCUUCACCAACCUGCACCCCACCCGGGAACUGGAAAACCCUAUUGCAGCAACAUCAAACUAGGCAAUCUUCCAUAUAGACAGGGACCUAGCCUGGAUACCCAGUGGAUGAUCGGGAGGAAUCUGGUUUUGGAGACUUAAAUCUUACUGCUUUGACUGCUAUGUACCUUACUUCACUCUCCACACACUUCAUUUCCAAGAUCCGGGUGUUUAUUUGGACUGUGUUUGGCAGGGAACCCUGUAAAUUUUUGUUUCCAGGCUGGCAAUUUAGCAGCAGUAAUUCAGGUUUUAGAAAUCCAUGAAGGACUAAAUAGUGGCUAAGAGGUGACCACAGUAUUUUAUUUUUUUUUCUCCUCCUGUCACUAGUGGGCAUCAGAGUGUGCCUUGGAUUUGUGGGUUGUUAGGGUUUAAGCUCUAUUUUCUGCACACAGUUGUGGGUCUGCCUUUUCAUAGACUUCAAUAUUAUGCAGUAUUUAAGCAUAAUCUGAAUAUGUUGUCACAGACUUCCACAUUCCCUUCACAUUCAAAUUUGCUGGUUUCUUCAAGUAAAUCAGAGUGGGAGUUAGCCCUAGGAAUAUUUAAAAGGAUGUUUCUGUGCACAGAAUAUUAUGUGAACUGAAUACACCCCAACACCCCAAGUUUAGUUAAUUGGUAUGAAUAAAGCAACAAGCAAUAAAGUAAACAGGGAUAAUAUAAACAGAUCGUACCUGGUAGACUAUUAAGGCUCGGGUGUGUAAACCCCAAACCUCUCCCAAGUGAAUCUCAAAUCCCGAAGCAUUUAAGGGAAUCAAACUUAAAUAAGGUCACUCACCAAAGUCCAAGAGUGGUCUGGGUGCUCGAGGCCCCGAACCCGUAGCUGAAGGGGAAAGCCAUAAACAAACGAAGGAACUCCAAGGGCACCGGACAAAGAAGUUUGCUAAAAACCAGUCUUUAUUAUUCCAUUUAAAAUCAAAGCGCCUAACGCAUUUUGUGCGAUGCCUAUGAUUAAGUGCGCACAAAACGCGUUAGGCACUUUGAUUUUAUAUGGAAUAAUAAAGACCGGCUUUUUUGUUUGUUUUUUUUCACAGAAUAUUAUGAACCUCUCUGUAUGCCCAUUGUAUCUUUUGUAAAUGUGUGAUCCAUUAGAAAUGAUUGGAGGUGUGGGAUAUUCGAUGCCAGUAAAGUCACAUGAGGAUUAAUAGUAGGCUACUGAGUAAGCUGAAGCUCCUGCUGAGAGGCUGAGUAGCUUUUAGAAAAGCUGAUAGGAUAGCGUGCAUUAUUUUAGUGCAGCUGUUGCUGGGUGAUGCUGCAUCUGCUUUAAAAGUAUUUUUAAGAAGAAUAAUCCUCUGCCAUUUUUGUGCAUUAUAUUCUGUCAGACUUCCACCUCAGUGGCUUUGCUUCCCUUUUGUAGGAGCUGUUGCAGUUUUAUGGAUAGCCUCAAUGUGAAAAGUGACCAGGUAUCAACUUAUCUGCACUAUUUUCCCACUGGCAUAUAUAGAGAUAAGGGCUUAUUUCACAGCUCCUGGGACAUAUAAGGGUGAAGACACACAGAGCUGCUAGUAGCAGCUACUUUUUCAUGGCUCCAGAAAAUACCCUGCCAUAGACAAUACUAGUAGCUCUGUGUGUGUUCACCCUAAAGCAAAAGCCUUUCAGAACAAAAAAAAGUAGCAUAUUCAAAAUGUAUCUCAGUGCUUGCAAAUUAACCCCUCCCCCACACCAGCUACAUAAGAAUGGCCAAAGGACUGCACCAGCAUGGCUAUUUCCAGUAAAAUCACUCUGAAAAUCUCUGCUAAGGAGGUUGCAUUUGAAGCAGUGAGAAGAAAGUGUUAAAAACAAGAAAUGUAUUACACUAUAAUUGUUAAACCUUUCUGCACCUUAUAUUUCGCUUUAUCUACAUCACGUCUCCCUUUAAAUGGGUCCUGGAUAGGGUAAGGCGAUUUGUUCUUGUUUUGAAUAAUCCAAUGUUUCGACCUGUUUCACUUGCUGUCUCAUUAGUAGAGUAAAACGCUUCUGUGCUCCCCUAGGCCAGUUCAUUUCUAAUCACCUCUGAUAGCCAGUUUAAAAGAAUUAAUUUUAAAACUCAUUUAUAAUGGUUUAUAUGAGCAUUUCUGCAGAUGAAAGAAUACUGGGAUUGUUAACAUAUGGUCAAGCCAAUAACUGUAAGAACCUGUUGCAUCAGGUUUGCUUUUGCUGGGAUAUAAAGGGGUCGUCAUUUGAAGAAUCUUAAGAAUUGGCUUGGGUAUGUCCUUCAGGGUAGGAAGAAUUUGAAAGUAAUGAUCCAUCAAAUCUGGGUACACUGUGGCUGCAUUUCAACAAGGAAAAAAAAUGUUGACAAUGAAGUCAUUGCCAAGGCUGAACCAUAAAACAAUCUAGGGUAUUGCCGGGGAUAAUCUUUUCUUUGGUUUUUUUUUUGCACUUUAUUUUCAAUUAUUUUUGUACAAAAAUAUUUAUUUUCCCCCCCUGCUUUAGUGCAAUUAACCCACAUUUGGCUGCAUCAAAAGAGACUGCUGGGUGGGAAAUAGGGGUGCAGGGAUAGUGAGUGGGGCAGCACAAUCCCAGUAUAAAGCUUCUCUAAGUGUGGGAUUUGAGUCAGAAGACAUGAUGGAAUAGAUGAUUUAAGCUAAUGCCAGUCAGGGGUAAUGACAGUUAAACUAGGCACAUUUAGGAAACUUUAAAAAGCAAUGCCUGUGUCAGAAAUGAAUGAUUUAGUACCAAGUAUGACUCGAAACUCCUGACAUUGUAAUAUGUGUCUUUAACAUUGCUAAAAUACUCCGCAAAAAAGAAACGAUACAGUGAAGUGUUUGCUUUGCAUGUUUGGAAUCUGGAUUUCAGGCUAUUGUCUGCUUAUUGGUUUAUUUUGAAUUGAAAUGGAACAAGGCUGUUAAUGUAUGUGCUGUAUCACUAGAGAGUGCACCGUUUCUGAUUUGAGAAGAGCGGGGGAACAAAUGAUUAUUGCCCCUGCACUAAGAUUGGGAAAAGCAUGUACGUUUAUGGAUAAUUUGCCAGAACACAAUUCCCUGACAAAAAAGUUUGUAAAUAAACUGUAGCUGACUCUGGUCAGUAAUGCACUUUUAUCCCUCUGCAUUGAUAUAUAUAUUUUUUUUUCUGUAAGGGAGCUGAUUUCUUACUUCAUAGAUUGUGUAUAUAUAUAUAAAUAUAUAUAUAUAAUAAAAUGCUUUCUCUCCCUUCUAAUGAGGCAGGUAAAGAACUUCUCUAUAUAUUUUUUUUUCUUUUGUGUCAAAGCAAGAGGUAAAGAAUUUAGUAUUGUUAACUAUAAAAAAAUAAAUAAAGGUGAAAUAAAAUUUA